ACUAUUUUGUUUGCGAUUUGUUGCUAUGUUUUUUUGUGCAAGUAAACAAACAAACACACAUUUCUAAAGAAUUUAUAACUCAAAUUAUCGUCUUCGUUGUAACCAAGCUCUAAAGAUGAAUGAAACACAUUUAAAUGCAAAUACGUAGUGCCAAAGUAGCAAGUGAACUUUCAACUUUACUAUUUUUUAUAAGAAAAUUACUAAAAAAAUGAGCAAUAUUAAACUUUGCAGAAUAUGUUUAGGUCACAAUACCCCUAUGUACACGGUAACCGCUACAAAUUUACACGAGUUUUACGAGAAAAAUACGAAUAAACCACUCAAAACUGACGGAGAACUGUCCGUAGCAUGUUACAUCUGCUACCAUUUGCUGAAGAAGUGUUACAGAUUCAUACAAUGCGCAAUAAAAGCAAACGAAGUGCUACAGAAAAUAUCUAAUGACGGGACUGAGAUAACAGAAAAAGCCAUAGCACUCAUUGACAAGCCUUAUUCAUUUGGAAUUUUCCAAGACACCCCAAUUGAUUUCGUGGUUUCUACGGAAGUCGAAGAGAGUAUUGAGGUGCCGAUCGUGAAAGACGAACACUUGGAUAUUAAAAGAGAACCGGCCUUAGACACAACGACAUUGGCAGAGGAUGAAAAAGAUAUUAUAGAGCCACCGCUACCAGACGAUUCCCAAAGCUUCACGGACUCGGAGGACGAUGUGCCUCUAAAAUGCAUCAGCAGGAAGACUGAAACACAGGUCAAGAAUAAAAGACCUACUAAAGUUAUAAGACCCAUUAAAAAAGUUAAAAAGGCCCCAGUUCUCAUCGAUGCUCGCGAGAUAGUCCUAUCUCUAGAGGAGCAGCGAGCUCAGUUGCUCGCGCGAGCUCAGUCGCUCAACUACUUGCAUUCGCCGCAUCGCUGUACUUUAUGCUACAAAGGAUUUGUAGAUCUAAAGGCCUACGAGAACCACAAGGAGAAGCAUGACGAGCGCAGCGGCCCGUUCGAGUGCGAGAUAUGUCGCAUGCGCUACCGCACGUCGAGACACCUCCGCACACACGUGCACACCUGUCAUGGCCGCCAGUACGCGUGCAACAAAUGCGCGCACCGCUCGCACACCGCCAACCAAGCUAGAGAGCACGAGAAAUGGCACAACGGAUACACGUACGAGUGUCAGCUGUGCAGCCAAAAGUUCAGAAAACCAACGUCAUAUCUCACUCACAUGCGCAAGCGACACCCGACGGAGCACGUGUGCAAUAUAUGCGGUGACAGCUUCGUAGGACGCCACGGGCUCCUAAUGCACAAGAGUAAGACGCAUCGGGGACAGGAGAAGCUCACUCCAGAGCAAGAACCGAAGUUUUGUGCGGACUGCAACAUACACUUCGUGUCUUUGGACGCUUGGAAACGCCACAUCAUGAGCUCAGCCAAGCAUGCGGUGGCCACUGAUGCUAGUACAUUGUGUCACGCGUGCGACACGCGCGUCCCGGGCUCAAAGCUGCGCGAGCAUUUGCGCUCGCACGAGGCCGAGCGCGAGCGCGCGCCGCCGAAUACCGCCGCGAAUGUUCGCGCCGCGCCGCGCGCUCCCUGCUCUCAGUGCGGAGCAAACUUCGUGAACCGCUCGAAGCUGCAGGCGCAUAUAAAGAGGAUCCAUUUGGGAGUCAAAUACAACAAGAACAUCGUCUGCGAAGUGUGCGGGAAGAAGUGCACCUCCAACGCCUCGCUAAAGUACCACCAGCGUACGCACACGGGCGAGCGGCCGUUCGCCUGUUCACACUGCGGGAAGCGAUUCGCCGACAACAACCAGCGGCGGAUACACGUGCGGACACAUACCGGCGAGCGACCGUAUUGCUGCGCGGCGUGUGGAAAGAGAUUCAGCCAGAAACCAGCGCUAAACAGGCACUACCGGGUGCACACAGGGGCGAAGCCCUACGACUGCCAGUUCUGCGCGAAGACCUUCAGCCAGUCCAACUCUCUGAAGCUCCACGUCAAUACAGUACACUUAAAGAUACCACGCGCUGCUAAGAAACAAACCGCGGCACCUGAUGCUUAGGCAAGACUUGGAUGGGUGUUCGUUCGUUUCAGCCGAAAGACGUCCACUGCUGGACAAAGGCCUCCCCUAAGGAUUUCCACAGAGGCCGGUCCUCGCUCGCAUCCAGGCACCUCCCUC